AUGGAAAAAGAUAUUAAAAAAACGGUAGAAAAACUUGGAGACAAGUUAAAAAACUUUGUUGGUGAUAAUGAUAUGAUUAAUAAAGAUACGGCUGGUGAAAAUGAUAACAUGAUUCGGGAGAGAUCAAACGAAAAAACUAAUAUGAUUAAUAAAGAUACGGCUGGUGAGAAUGAUGACAUGAUACAGGAGAGAUCAAACGAAAAAACUAAUAUGAUAAAUAAAGAUACAGCUGGUGAGAAUGAUAACAUUCAGGAGAGAUCAAACGAAAAUAAAGAUGAAUCAAUAGAGACGUAUCAAAGAAAUAGAGAUACGGCUGGUGAGAAUAAUGACAUUAAAGAGGAGAAGAGCAGCCUGGGAGUAGACCUCUUGUUUCAGGAGAAACCAAACGAAAAUAAAGGUGAACCAAUAGAGAUGGAGCAAAGAAAUAGAGAUACAGCUGGUGAGAAUGAUGACAUUCAGGAGAAAUCAAACGAAAAUAAGGAAGGUGAACCAAUAAAGAUGGAACAAAGAAAUAGAGAUACGGCUGGUGAUAAUGAUGACAUUCAGGAGAAAUCAAACGAAAAGAAAGAUGAACCAAUAGAGAUAGAACAAAAUAAAGAUGACGAUGAAAACGAGCAAUAUUUACAUACUGAUCCAAAAACCGGUUUGACAACUGAAGAGGCUGAGAAACGUAUGAGAGAAUUUGGAAAAAACGAAAUUACAGAAACAAAGCAUAAUCCAGUCUUAAAAUUCAUCUCAUAUUUUCGAGGUCCAAUCGCCUACUUGAUCGAGUUGGCUUGUAUAGUGGCCGCCAUAGUUCGAGAUUGGAUAGAUUUCGGCAUAAUUCUCGCACUCUUGGUUGUUAAUGCUCUUAUAGGUUUCAUAGAAGAAUCACGUGCGGAAUCUGCGUUAGAAGCAUUAAAACAAUCUUUAGCGUUAAAAACGAAGGCUUUGCGUGAUGGGAAAUUGGUAGAAUUGGAUUCUACGGAAUUGGUGCCGGGUGAUAUUAUUACCCUGCGGAUUGGAAAUAUUAUACCAGCAGAUGCAAAAUUAUUAGGAGUUAGUCUUAGUGGUUCGGAAAGCUCAGAACACUUGCUAGUGGAUCAAUCAGCAUUGACUGGCGAAAGUUUGCCAGUACGUCGCAGUAAAGGAGAAAUUGUAUAUUCAAGUUCUAUAGUUAAACAAGGCCAAAUGUUGGCUAUCGUUAGCAAAACUGGGAAAAAUACUUAUAUUGGGCGUGCCGCUACGCUUAUGAAUAUGACUGUAGAUCAAGGUCAUUUUCAAAAAAUUGUCAAUAAAAUUGGCAAUUUCUUGAUUUUGAUCACAGUCACUCUUGUAGUAAUCAUUUUUGUAUACCAAGUGGUCAAAUUUCGGGGUACUUCUGAUGGUAAUGUUCUAGUAGUUUUGCAACGUGUUCUGGUGUUGACGGUUGCUGCUAUCCCGGUCGGUUUACCAACCGUUCUUUCUGUGACUAUGGCUGUAGGUGCAAAACAACUAGCCGCGAAAAAAGUAAUUAUUAAACGUUUAGCAGCUGUCGAAGAAUUGGCUUCCGUAUCAGUUCUUUGUACCGACAAAACUGGUACACUCACUCUCAACGAAUUAUCCUCCGAUGAAUCAUGGCUAUCUCCUCCCUAUACUGAUUACGACCUUCACUUAUAUGCUUACAUAUGUUCCGAAGCAGGCACAGAUGAUGCGAUAGAAUUAGCCGUUAGAAAUGCGGCAAUAAAAAAAGUUGACAUUUUACAAAAUCUUAAAGAUGAACAUGAUAUUCCUGGUUUCAAAGUCAUCUCAUUAGUACCUUUUAAUCCUUCAAAAAAAUAUUCUCAUGUCACCGUAAUGCACCUUGAAACUCAUGAAAAAUUUCAAAUAGUCAAAGGUGCUCCUCAAGUUAUAAUUAAACUUACAGGUGGAAAUCGUCAAGCAGAUCAGGCUGUAAUAAAUUUAGCGUCACGUGGAUUACGCGCUCUUGGUGUUGCAAGAAGCAAACCGAUUACUUCUUCUGAUACCAAAACUGAUUCUCUUGAACCCGAACAACUAGAAUGGGAAUUGGUGGGAUUUUUAAGUUUACUAGAUCCUCCUAGACCGGAUUCGAGGGAAAUUUUAAAAAAAUGCAAUGAAUUAGGUCUCGAUAUUAAAAUGAUAACAGGUGAUCAACUAAUUAUUGCAAAAGAAGUCUCUCACCGGCUUGGAAUGGGCAGAGUCAUACUGGACUCAAAUCAUCUUGUUGAUCCCACGAAAUCUGAUGAAGAGGUUACUGAGCAUUGUAUAAGAGCUGAUGGUUUUGCUCAGGUUAUACCUGAACAUAAAUAUAAAGUUGUUGAGUUGUUACAGAAGAAAGGUUGUAUUGGUGAUGGUGUAAAUGAUGCUCCAGCUCUUAAGCGCGCGGAUGUUGGAAUAGCUGUACAAGGAUGUACAGAUGCCGCGAGAUCCGCUUCAGAUAUUGUUUUAUUAGCGCCUGGUCUCUCAACAAUAAUUGACGGAAUAAUGACUUCUCGAACUAUAUUUCAACGCAUGAGAUCUUAUUCAUUAUAUCGUAUAACCUCCACGGUACAUUUUUUACUAUUUUUCUUUUGCAUAAUAUUGGCUAGAGAUUGGACUUUACCGGCCGUAUUGUUGAUUUUGAUUGCGAUGUUGAACGACGCUGCUACUUUAGCUAUUUCGGUCGAUAAUACUCAGAUAUCUGGAGGCCCAGAUAAAUGGCGCAUUGGACAACUAAUUACACUUAGUAUAAUUUUGGGAAUUAUUUUAACAGGGUUUAGUUUUGCUCAUUAUUUUAUUUUCAUGAAUGUAAUUGGAGUAACUCCAGGCCACUUUUGGGAAGUUCUCCCUUCUCCGAUUUUUGUUCUUUCAAUAUUGGGGACUCAAGUUUUUGCGGCGAUUAUAUCUGGUUUCGGAUGGCUUACUGAGUCUAUUGGAUGGGUUAUGUGCAUUGUUAUUUUGGCUAUCUCUUUAGGAAUCUUCGUAAUACUCGACUUUGUUAAAGUUAUUGUAUUCCAUUAUUGGUCAUUUGAAUUGACAGCUAAACUUUUUCCAUCAAAAGCAAGACGUGCAAAGUUAAAUGCGCGUCGUGAACGAGCUUUGACGAUUAAAGGAAUUAAUAAUAACUUUAGAAAAAUGAGAAAAGUUUUAUUAUUAACAAGAGUUAUUCGUAUAUUUAUACAAAAGGAUAGUAAGGAAAAGGUUGAAGUUUUUUCUGAGAAAUAA